AUGACAUCAAGGAAUCGCAACAUUGUGACCGCCAGCAGAGGGGACACUCCAAGGGCUCGCCAAUCUUCAGGAGACAAUCCAAGGACAUCGCGCCAAUCUUCAGGAAGCACUCCAAGGACAACUCGUCAAUCUUCUGGACAACCACGCAGCCGCUCAAGUGUUCGACGCCAGGGAAGACCACGGACUGUGGAGGACAGCAACGAAGACGCAGCGUUCAUUGAGCAGCUUCAGGCCUGGGCCCAGGAAACUUCGCGGAAGCAGCUGGCGGACUUGGAGUCCGAGUUCGAGCGCUUGCAGAGCCAGCCGCGACCGGAACCAUCAGCUGAAUUUACACGUAACCCUACUCUGAACCGCUAUCGGGACGUUAUCUGUGUCGAGAACAACCGGGUCGCGCUGUCAAACGGACGCUACAUUCACGCCAAUUGGAUCGAUAGCCAUGGUGAUCGUCGGUACAUUUGUACGCAGGGCCCGCUUCCACAGACUGUCGGCGACUUCUGGGAGAUGGUUCUGCAGGAGAAAGUUGAGGCGGUUGUGAUGCUAUGUGACACCAUCGAGCUGAAUCGUCCCAAGUGUCACCAGUACUGGCCUAAGGAUAACACACCAGAAUCGCAAAUCACAACCAAGGACGACAACAUAAGAGUCCGUUUCGUGGAUACCGAGGCACUGGACGACAACCAUCUUAUCCGGACACGCCUGCAGGUAACCAGCGACAACCCGAAGAGGCAGGCGAAUGUUCGACACUUCCAUUGGAGACGUUGGCCCGAUCGUGGAGUGCCGAUGAAUCACCUUGCUGCGCUCCGACUGCUCUUCUACAUCGGGAAAUACAAGCCGAUAGUUGUCCACUGUUCGGCAGGUAUUGGCAGGACCGGAACCAUCGUGAUGAUCUACUUGGCUCAGAAUACGCUGCGCGGUGGACAUCGUCUGGACUUCUACGAGUUGGUUGCAGAGUUGCGUCGUCAGCGGGCUGGCAGUGUGCAAACCUUGGACCAGUACCUGUACAUCUACAGCGUCUUCCUCCGAUACGCAAAAAACAAGGCUGAUGCGGGCAAGAUCAACGUGGACGUGGAAGCAGUCGAACGGCUGGUACAAGCGAUAUCGAGACGGAUCUACAAGCCGACGAGACGCUAGGAGAGAGAAAUAUAUUCUGCUGUGAUAUCGCAUAGUGAUAUACUUAUUCAUUGUUGUUGUAUUUUGCUUGUGUAUUUGCUUGUAUUGAACUCAUUAUUGUAUAUUUUGUGUUUCUUGUAUGUUUUUUGUAUGUUUUCUUGUAUGUAAAUAAAUAUGUAUUUUUGUUUUUGUGUCCUUAAGUUGAAAAAUUUGAGAUAAACGCUUAAGG